UAGCUCUUUACUCCUAUGAGAAAAUCCAUAAGCAAACGUCAGACUGUGCGUGAAACAUGGCGGACUUCGUACUAUCCUUUCACUCCAUCGAAAAUUCCCAUAAGAAACUGUCUACAUUUGCUGGAAGAGCAAAUUUUUCGACAGUGCCGUCAACGCCAAUAGUGAAGCGUCAUUUAUUUAGAAUCAGAGUGCCACAUACAUCAAUCGCCACCUGUGAGUGAUAUCAGUGUUUAUUAUUUACUUUUCUAUUUAAGUUGAUUCACUUCAGUUGUAAGCGUGAUUAUUGUGUUUUGUACAUUCAUAUGAAUACGAAAGGAUUAUAAUUUUACUGCCCAAAUCGGAACAAAUCGAGCACUACUAGUUUGUACCAAUCUUCAUACCAUUUUGUGGAUAUUUUUGACAGCUGACAUAUUUCAUGAACCGUGAAGUUUAAGAGAAAUAAAUGCAGGAGUUAAUUUCCAUCCACCAUAACGUAUUCUAUUGAACAAUCUUAUCAGUAUUAAGAUGCUGUCUAGAGACCAGAAAUGCUUAGCACCAGUAUUUCAUUCCAUUCCACAAGAUCAAGUUAUCAAAGAAGGAGGCUCAGUGAGCUUUAAGUGCACAGUGCACAGUCAAUUAAGCUGCUGGUCUGUGUGGGAUAAAAAUGGAAUUAUCAGCAUUCCUUCACAUCGCAUAGUGCUCACUGAAUCAUCCAACACCAAAUGUUUGAAAAUUACAAACGUUUCAUCAGCAGACUCAGGAUUUUAUAGAAUCACAGUGGAAAAUGAUCAUGGACGCGUCGAAGCAUCUAUACAAUUGAAAGUAGCAGUAGGUUCACAAGGUUGUAGUAUUUCGACCAACGCUGAUAAUGCGCCAAUAAGAGUUAAGCGCCAAUUAAUGAAACAUUCCACUGGAUCGGACAUGAUUGUACUAGCGGGACAAUAUCGAUCUUCAUCAGUUACAUCGUUGAAAGUUUAUUCAAAUGGAAAAAUGCUGGAUGAAGACGAAAUAACACACGUUAUAGUGCACAACCAUUAUGUAAUUAUUAUUCAAGAAUACAAUACAUUCGGUAUGACAAAUUAUUGCUGCAUAUUACAAAGCAUGUCCGGAAAAACUACAGGAAUGGUUGCGCAGGUUUCCACAAAUAAAGAUUCGAACAUGUUACCUCCAAUUAUUGUUGAGCAUUUACCACCUUUAGUUACAUCAUUUGAAGGAUACGAAACAGAUCUUCUGGUUAGAGUCGAAUGCAAUACAGCCUUUACUUAUGUUUGGCUUCGCAAUGAUGUAGUAAUUGAGGAUUGCCAUGAGUUCAGGUAUACUGAUCAUGGACAAGGUGUGUUGUCUCUUCGUAUCAUUGAUCCAUUCCUGUUAGACUCUGGAGUUUAUAAAUGUAUCAUCACUUCUGUUGGAGGUUCCUGUAAAUCACAAUGCUGUGUCAAAUUUGAGGAAUCAAUUUGUGAAAGCAAAUCGUUGCCACAAAUAAUGCUUUAUCCGCAAUCGUAUGUGGCAGAGCUUGGAUCAGCGGUGAUUAUUUGUGCACAUGUUACUCCACCGAAUUGUAACAUUGAAUGGAAAAUUUGUGGCUCUAUAAUCGAAAAAAAUAAUAAGAACUUUCAGAUGAAAACGAACGCGGAUGGUCUUCACUUUUUUUUUAUAAAUAAUGUUAAUUACAAUCAUUGCGGAGAAAUACAAUGCAUGGUUACUAUCCAGAAUCAUACCAUGACUACUACGGCAUUCACGAUGUUAACUGUUAUGCCAUGUAUAUCGAAUAAGAGAUUACUGCCAGAUUCAACUGUAGUACAAGAGCCAUAUUUUUUAAAUAUAAUGAAGAAUUUUAGAGUUUUUACUGGAACUAAACUUAGACUCGAAGUUUUAUUUAAUGGUUACCCGGAGCCCCAAGUUAUAUGGAUGCGUGCGGGUCGUCCAAUUGAGGAUACCAAUGCAUCGAUUACUACAAAACCUGGACAUUCUAUUCUUACAAUAGAUGGAAUCAAUGCUAACCAAAGUGGAAAAUAUGCCGCGUUUAUAAUAAAUAAUUACGGAAGUGACAUAAUGUCUGCAUCUGUAAGCGUUGAGGGCCCUCCUGAUCCACCUAGUGGAAAACCAAGUAUUACGCUGGAUUCUCAAGGCAUGAUUGUUACAUGGUGUGGACCACCUUAUGAUGGAGGAUGUGUGAUCUCGGGAUUUCUAUUGGAGAUUAAAUGCAUGGAUGAUGAAUGGAACGUGCUGGCAAUCGUAUUUGAUUCUCUGUCUUACAUGGUUAAAAAUUUGAUACCUAAUAAAUCCUACAGUAUUAGAAUAAGAGCAAAGAAUACGUAUGGGUACAGUGAUCCAAGUUCACCAAGCGAUAAUGUUACAUUUCCACAGUAUGAUACAUUCAAAGAAGAAAAAAAUUGCUGGACAAACUACGAGGUUCAUCGUGGUGAGGAGUUUACAUCAUUGUACGAAUCAUUGGAAGAACUUGGUCGAGGUAGAUUUGGAGUUGUGCAUAAAGUCCGUCAGAGACAAACAGGUGAUAUACGUGCAGCAAAAAUGGUUAAGUGUAUCAAAACUACCGAUAAAAAAAAAGUGCAAGAGGAAAUUGCCAUUAUGCGAUCUUUACAGCAUCCCAAGUUGUUGCAGUUGAUACAGUACUUCGAAGCAUCUCGUGAGACCAUCAUGGUAAUAGAGUACAUUAGUGGUGGAGAACUGUUUGAAAGAGUAGUAGCAGAUGAUUUUACUCUUACUGAGAAAGAUUGCGUUAUGUUCAUGCGCCAAAUAUGCGAAGGAGUCAAUUAUAUGCACAAUUUAUUAGUUGUUCACUUAGAUCUAAAACCUGAAAACAUCAUGUGCAGCACUAGAAACAGUCACCAGAUCAAAAUAAUCGAUUUUGGAUUAGCCCAGCAACUGUCUCAUAACACAUCAGUAAGGGUACUGUUAGGUACACCAGAAUUCGUUCCUCCUGAAAUCAUCAACUAUGAGCCUAUCGGCCUGCAAUCCGACAUGUGGAGCAUUGGAGUAAUUUGUUACGUUUUGUUGUCUGGUUUAUCUCCCUUCAUGGGAGAAACUGAUGUGGAUACAUUCAACAACAUAACAAGAGCGGAAUACGAUUUUGAUGACGAUGCAUUUAAUAUAGUCUCGGAAGAAGCUAAAGACUUUAUAUCUGGAUUACUUCUUUAUCGGAAAGAAGAUCGACUUUCAGCUGCACUAUGUUUACAGACGAAAUGGUUAUCGCUAGAUUCGGAAACGCUUGCAAACUCGAAAAUUUGCACACACAAACUGAAAAAGUUUAUCAUUAGAAGAAAAUGGCAGAAAACGGGAAAUGCAAUUCGAGCCUUAGGACGCAUGGCUUCGUUAUCUGCCUCAAGAAGAAACUCAUCUGCUUUAUCAAACACUGGAUUAAAAUCAAAUUCAUGGAAUCAAGAAUGUACAGUGCGAAAUAAAACUAUUGAAAUUCAGAAGGAUAAUUUAUGAUCUGAAACAUUAAAGUUAACUGCGGGCGGCUAUCUACUAACCACGAUUAGUUUAUAGGAAUGACAUAUUUUUGGAUGGUUGUCCACGGUUCUAUCAUCCAUAAAAAAAAAUCAAGGUGGUUUGUGGACCGUCGCUGUCAACAGUUCA